AUGGAUUUAUGUGGAACUGUCCAAUGCGUUGAUCUAAAGCGCAACAUUAGAGAGGAAAAAUUGCUCAAGUUUAAGUCUACUAUUAUUUGGUUUUACAAACACUUUUUACCUGACACUAUUGAGUUUGGGUUUUAUGGAUUUAUUUCUAUGGAUCUUUUUACACUCCCAAAGCAAAUUUGCAAUGUGAACUUUACAAAUGCAUUCAAAGAUGGAUUAUUAACAACUGAAUUUAUUCAAAAUAUAUUCCCGAAAGUGACUCGAAUGUCUUUGAUAUCUUUGGAUACUGAAGAUAACGACUAUAACGCAUGUUUGGAAUGUGCCAAAUUAAUAACAAAACACACAAAAUUCCUAACGUCUUUAAAUUAUCUGCGUGUAGAUUUGAACUUCUUUUUUGACUUUAUCAAUGAUUACACUGAAAAUGGAAAAGAGAAGUAUUUACACCUUCCAGAGAUAAUUAUUAUCUUUUCGGAUGAUGAAAAACAAUUGAAUUGA